UAUCUUGCUCUAUGCUUUCGUAGUGACAUGAUGAAGAUUGUGGUCCUGUUAGUGGUGUCAGCUGCAAUCGCGGCCGAUGGUGCUUGGUUCCAUCAUCGAAGAUACAGAAGAGGCGCUGAACAUGAAUUUAGAUUUUGUAUCGCCGAAGAACUGUUGAAUAAGUGCAAUGAAAUGGCAUCGGAAAGUACCAAAAGCUCCGCAAAAAUCGUUUGCAUUUCAGCCAGAGAUAGAGAAGAUUGUGCAAUAAAAAUUAAACAAAGAGAAGCAGACUUCGGAGUUGUCGAUCCUGAAGACAUGUACGUAGGCAAAAAUGUGAAAGAUCAAGAUUUUAAGAUCUUUGAAGAAAUCGUCACACUCGAAGAACCGGAAGCGGAAUUUCGAUACGAAGGUGUUGCCGUUAUUCACAAAGACCUAAAACUAGAAGAUGGCAUUAAAAGUCUGAAAGGUUUAAAAUCCUGUCAUACUGGAGUAGGGCGCAACGUCGGAUAUAAAAUACCGCUUACAAAAUUAAAAAAUAUGGGAGUCUUAGGAAGUCUUAGCCAACCCGAAUUAUCACCCCGUGAGAACGAGCUCAAAGCUUAUUCAGACUUCUUCGAAUCAAGCUGCAUUGUUGGAAAAUGGUCACCUGAUCCAAACAUUGAUCGCAAACUAAAGGAAAAGUACCCGAACUUGUGCAAGCUCUGUGAAGAACCCGAAAAGUGCGAUUAUCCCGACAAAUACUCAGGAUACGAUGGCGCUUUGCGUUGUCUGGCCUAUAAUGGAGGACAAAUUGCUUGGACCAAAGUUAUAUACGUGCGCAAGUUCUUCGGGCUUCCGGUUGGAAUAACUCCAGCCACUUCAUCCAGCGAAAAUGCGAACAACUACGCAUAUUUGUGCAUGGAUGGUUCUCGCGUUCCUGUAACCGGACCACCAUGCAGAUGGGCGGCUCGCCCUUGGCAAGGUUACAUGACAAACACGGCAGUUAUAAAAACAAUUGACGAACUUCGAAAAAAGCUUUCGAACUUGUACACAGUCGGUAGUAAAAAGAAAGCGUCUUGGUUGGAAAUUCUGCAAUUGAAUGAAAAAACGCAACCAAGAGAAUCGAAAUUGUUCGGACUAGCCGAGUAUUUGGACAAGGCCAAUUAUACAGAUGUUAUUGAACGUGAAUAUGGCCCGCCUUACAAAGCCCUUCGGUUUUGCACAACAAGCAAAGAAGAAUUAGACAAGUGUCAAGCUUUCGGUCGAGUUGCUUUCUCAAGAGAUAUCAGACCAAGAUUUGACUGCGUUUUGGAGGAAAAUGUCAAGAAAUGUCUUGAGACAGUUCGCGAUAAUGGGGCGGAUAUCAUUACUGUUGAUGGAGGAUUUGUAGAUCAGGGAAAGAAACAUUAUAACCUUAAACCGAUACUAUCCGAGAUGUAUGGAAGCAUGGGAGAUUCUUAUUACGCGGUUGCUGUUGUACGGAAAAACUCCCUGUAUAAGUCCUUUGGAGAUUUACGGGGCGCAAAAUCAUGCCAUACUGCAAUUGGUAGAACGGCAGGCUACAAUGCGCCCUUACACACGUUGCUGAAACUUAAUCUCAUCAAGAAAGAUCAAUGUCCAUAUCCAAGCGCGCUUUCAGAGUUCUUCAGUGGAGGAAGUUGUUUACCUGGCUCCAAGGAUCCUCUUGAGAAAAUUCCGGCUAAAGAUGCCGAAAAGCUUUGCAGUUUAUGUGGGGGAAACGUUGAUGCUAACGAUGGAACAUCCUUAGAUUCAAAAUGUAACACAGAUAUCAGCGAAUCUUAUUUUGGAUAUUCCGGUGCAUUCAGAUGCUUGGCGGAUGGCAAGGGGGAUGUCGCUUUUGUAAAGCACGUAACAGCAACAGAAAAUACUGAUGGUAAAAAUCCUUCAACCUGGGCGGCAAAUCUCAAAUCUACAGAUUUUGAAUUGCUUUGCCCAGAAGGCGGGCGAGCCGUUCUAAACGAUUACGAAAAAUGUAAUUUAGCGCGUGUACCAGCUCACAUGGUUGUUACAAGUAAUUCAAAGACCGAGGGCGAAGUGGAUGAAAUUCGCAAUGCUUUGCUACAAGCGAGCAAAUUAUUUGGUGAGAGUCCAUACAUAUUCAAAAUGUUUGGUACCUUCAACGGAAAACAUGAUCUUCUAUUUAAGGACUAUGCAACUGGGCUGGUGUCCAUCAACAAAAGUAGCGAGACUCAAAAGACUUACUCGGAUUUAUUAUCGACUAUAAAUUUCUGUGAUGGAAAUCAAUGAACUGUAAAUAUCGUUUGUUGUUUUUAAGUUGUUAAUUUGAAAUAAACACAAAAUGUGCCAAGC